AUGGGUGAUAGAAAGAAGGUGAAUGUAGAAAGAGAUCGACUAAGCAGCUUGGGGGACGAUCUUAUUCAUAAAAUCCUGUCUUUGGUUAGCACGAAACAUGCUGUUGAAACCAGUGUUUUGUCAUCCAGAUGGAGGUAUAUCUGGACUUCAAUUUCUUACCUCAGUUUAUCAAGUAAUGAUUUUUGUACGUUGCUCAAGUUCUCCGAAUUUGUUACACAUGUUCUCUCGGGCAGAAAUAACCAAAUUGAAGUGUUUUCCGUCGAGCUCACAUUUCAUAGAAAGGUUAGCCGGGCGCUUUUCAAAAGAAUUUUGGACUAUGCAUUCUCCCACAAUGUCCAACAACUAAAUGUUACUUACUUGCCUGGGAAGAAGACCAAGUUUCCUGUUUCUCUCUUUAGUUCUCAGUCUCUCAAACAUCUCGCUUUGAUUGGGUGUAUUUACGGACAUUUCAUUACGACCCCACCUACUUGGGAGCUGCCAGCUUUAGUAACAUUGAGCCUCUAUCGUGUCACAUUGUAUGAUGACUAUACUAACAAGUGUGCUAGUCUUUUCUCCAACUGUGCAAACUUGAAGAAUCUCACCAUAAAGAGGUGUAGAAUGAUGGCUCCAAAUGGUUUCAAUGUAUCUCAUCCUGGAUUGACUAGUCUAACAUUUGAAGAUGGUUGUAAGCGUGUCAAUGUGGAUACACCUCAGCUCAAGAAUCUCACUAUAAAAGAUUGGCGAGGGAUGCAUCUUAUUUGCGCACCCAUCCUUUCCUCCUUGCAUUAUAAAGAUCCUUAUUUUAUUCAUCGUAAUGACAUUGAAACUUUCUUCGAUGAUGUUCUUGUUGAUAAUGGUCUUUUGCAGCUUUCUACUCACCUUCUUCACUUGGAGAAGGUGGAAAUAUGUAUUCAUCAUCUAUAUGGUGACAAAGCAUAUACUCAUAAAAUUGUGUGUCUGCUUCAAAAGCUCCACAGUGUUAAAUCUCUAACACUUAAUUGGGAAAUUAUCAAGCUUCUUACUUCAUCCAUGGUACCUUCUCCGUUUGCUAAUUUAGAGAGUGUAACGAUUUUUCCAGCUUUUCUUGAAGGACCAGAAGUCACCAUAUCUUCUGAAGUCAAAAACUACUUGCUAGAUGAUUCUCCUAAUGCCACCUUCACAAUGAUUUUACAUCAGCGUAAGAUUAGAAAAGAACUGACAAGGGUGCCAAGAUCUCAGCUGGCUAAGUUGCAAGCAAGGUUUUCUAGUUUGUGUGCAGAGGCUGACAAUAUCAUGGAUGAUAUGAUGGUGUUGGACUAA